AUGGAUUGGCCAGUGGGAUGGCGUCCCUACACAGCUUUGUUUGGUUGUUUCUUGCUUAUGUUCAAUUCUUGGGGCGUUAUCAACUUCUACGGAACGUUUGCUUCAUACUACUCCGAGUCACUCUUCCGAGGCGAUGACUUGAUGUUGAGCAAUCUGAUCGGCUCGACACAAUGCUUCUUCGUCCUCUUCUUUUCCUUCAUUGUCGGUCGGCUUCUCGAUGCGAACUACAGCCGUCAGCUGCUACUGGCUGGCUCUGUCAUCGUCACCAUAGGCAUGUUCAUGCUGAGCAUCUGCAAUGGCAACGGAGGCUUGGACCAAGGCAACUAUGGCUUGACGUGGUUGACACAAGGCUUGGUAACUGGUUUGGGCAUGGCCUGUUUCUUUGUAUCAAGAAAGGGAUUUGCUCUCGGCGUUGUAGCUUCUGGUGCAAGUAUCUCUGGACUUACCCUACCGAUAAUGCUUCGCUUCCUCAUCACGUCUCAAGGCUUCAACAAUGCAGUAAGAUAUGUUACCAUCGUCAUAUCUGUCACCAGCUUCGCCGCAGUGUUGCUGGCGCGGCCAAACCCAGCACACACAUUCAGAAAACCCGAGAAGUGGAUGUCAAAGAAGACGUGGAUUGAUACAUCAGCAUUCCGUGAUGGCGCGUUCUGCUGCUUCACGGCGUCAAUUUGUGCCCUCUUCUUCGGAUUCUACUGCGUGUUCUUCAGCCUUGAAGAGUGGGCAGCAACCAAUGGCAUCGCCUAUAAAGGGACACCACCUCCAGGAGGCAAGGUAACUCUGUCGACAUACUGGUUUUUGAGCAUCAUGAAUGGCUGCAGCACCUUUGGUCGUCUCAGUUCUGCCUGGCUUUGUGAUAAGUUCGGAGCGUUGCAUGUCCACAUGACAGUGACGAUUGUGUCUAGCAUUCUUUGCUUGUUCCUGUGGACGUUUGCCAACACACUGGCACCUGCUUUGGUCUUUGCCAUCUUGUUUGGAGCCUUCUCGGGCAGUGUGAUCGGGCUACCCACAGCAUCCAUGGCAGAAAUCCUGAAGUACCAACCAGGCGGACAGGCCAGACUUGGACAUUGGACAGGUAUGAUGUACACAGCGUCCGCGCCAUUUGCACUGGUCGGGCCUGUGAUCGCUGGUCACCUGGUCACGGAGUACCAGACCUAUCUCGGAGUCCAAAUCUGGAGUGGACUGUGUCUACUUCUAAGUGCAAUCUGCAUGGCAGGGGCAGUCUUUUUCACACGCAGAAAGAAGGCCCGCAGUGGCAACAACGAGAAGGUGUAA